AUGGCUUUCGAAGGAAAAUGGACAUUUGACCGAUCAGAGAAUCUCGAAGCAUACCUGGAAGCCGUCGGUGCUCCCGAAGAGGUUCGCGCUAAGAUGAGAAUCGGAAAACCUAAGCUGGAAUUUACGAAAACUGGCGACGGAGAAGGUACAAUUAAACUGAUAGGUGAGCAGAAAACCAUUGUUAUAAAUGCUAAACGAGACGAAGAAUACGAUUCACCGGCUGGUUUAGCGUACGACAAAACCAGAAAAGUGAGAACCGAAAAGGUCUCGGAUUCAAAGUUCGUAACAAGGGGCACGGGUGACCAGUCCCAGAUCGUCAACCGAGUCGUAGAAACACGUGAACUUGUCGGUGACGUGUUGGUAGUUUCCUUGGAACUGGAUGGUGUUGUGUGCAAACGUUACUUCAACAGAGCAUAG